AAGAAAAAAUAAAUAAAUAAAUCACACACGUUUGCACUUUGCAUCAGCUAACCGGCUUACUCAGAUUUUCUAUCAAAUUAACUAAAAUCAACUAUACUUUUGUGAAAUUAAAAAAAAAAUAAAUAAAUCGUUUAAUUAUUAUUUAACAUUAAAAUUGUAACAUCAAAAUAAUGGCAACAGUCACCAAAACAAAAGGCAAAAAUUCCAAAAAAACAAAAAAGCCAGCUAGUGAAGAAAUCAUGGAUCAUGUUGAUCCAGUUGAUGAGACUGCUGCAAUUGUUGCUGAAAAAGAUGACAUUAUUGCUCAAUUAAAUGAGAAAAUUCGGAGUAUGACUAUUGAAAUUGAAGCACUUCGUAAAUGUGUACCAAAAAAACGUGGAACAUCAGUCACUCUGGUUGGUGAAUCAUCAAAAAUAAAAACACCAGCAAAAUCAUCACGUAAAAAUACAUUGCUUUCAUCAUCAAGUGUCACAACACCAAGUCGUCAAAAGUCAGAAUUAAAUGUCUCAAUAAAGACAAAAGGUUGUACAUGUAAAGGACUUUGUAAAACAAAAAUAUGUGGAUGUGUUAAAAAAAAUCAACCAUGCACAGAAAAUUGUAAAUGCACUGAAGCAUGUGAAAACCUUAGUGAUGAAGUUUUUGAUGAAGAAAACAAAGAGAAUGCUCAUGAAAAUCAUGUCAAUAAUAAUGUUAAAAUUGAACAUGAAGAUGUUGAUUCUGAUGACGAUGAUUAUUCUGAAGUUAAUGAUACAAGUGUUGGAAUUAAAAAAAGUACAGAAUCAAAUAGUACUCUUCCUUCAAGUGGUUCAUAUGGAAGUGAAUCACCUGGAUCAUCUCAAUCAAGUGAAGAAGAUGAACAAAAAGAUAAUUUUAAUCCAAUGAUACCUACUAAAACACUUGCUCGUAGUCCAUUAGUUGGGAAAUCAGAGUCUAAGAUGAAUCAAUUAUCACCUCGUGGCAAUGUUGAUAAUAAUAAAUUGGCUCCUCAUCUUGGUGUUCCAGAUACUGCUAUUAAUGUCAAAGCCAAAGGAAAAGAAAGUGAUGGUGAAGGUGAUGAUAACGAUGAUAUUAGUGAUGAUAAUGAUGAUAAUAAUAUUGAUGAUGAUGAGGAUGAGGAUGAUAAUAAUAUUGAUGAUGAUGAUGAUGAUGAAGAUUUUUUAAAAUUUUAAAUUUAAUUAUUAGUUUAUUUGUGAUAUUUUUAAUGAAUAAUCAAAGAAUAUGUGAUUGCAGGGUUGAUUCCCACAGUUGAUUGGGAGAAACAUCAAAAUCAACUAAAACCAUGCUCAAAAUGUCAUCGAAGAUUCUUUCCUGAUCGUCUUCCCAUACAUGAAAAUGCAUGUUUAAAAAUA